AUGGACGCAGGCACCAAGAAAUCAAGCCUGUCGACCUCCAUAACAGCAUGGUCAACCUUUCUCCAGCGCGUCCUCGUCAAGCGCCUCGAUCAGGACCGAUUCGCCGACCUUAUCCCCAUCCACUUCGACAGAUUCCCUCUGCCGGCCGUCAUUGUCGCCGACGAACUCCUGCGCCCGGCCGAGCGCCAGCGCUACUGCCUCGACCCCCGCAUACACCUCUACCUUGACGCCCUACUUAAACAACAUCGCGUCGAUCCCGCCGCCGUCCUGCGCGCGCUGUUGAAGUACUCAUCCGCGCAUUCCAAGGUGCAACCGCCGGACGCCGACACGCCAGCCGGGGAUGGCGUCGAGAAGGGAAAAGGGGGGGAGGGAGAGGGACAGCAAGUCCGAAAGCUCAUCAGGUGGCAAAACUCGUACGAUGACGAGGAGAGGAUAUUCUGGCGUCUGGCCCAGGCGGUACACCACAAGUCUGGAAUCAGGACGGUCCGGAAUGUGGUGCAGGUGGCCAAGAUGUUGGCCAAAUGGGCGCGCAUGUUCGCCGAGGCCGCGGCCGUCUUCUCCAGGGAGGCCUUUGGCUCAAUACACGGCUUGCAGGCGAGAGACGAAUUGGCAGACGCGAGGACCGCGUUUGUUCUGUUGCUCAUUGCAUUCAGCGAGAACCGGCUGGCUCGAUUGACGCUGAGCCAGGCGGGCUCUGCAAAGAUACCCGAAAUUCCCCUCGUUAACUCGCGAGCCGGCCUCUACAUAUACCUCAGCGCAGCGAUAUCAGCAUCCUUCGACCUCCUGGCAAACGCCGUCUUCCGCAACGAGGGGCCCAAGACUGGCCACUUGCUCAAGUCCUUCGUGGUCAACAAAGUCCCCCUAAUCCUCGUCUCGCUGACGAACUCGCCGACUAUGUAUCCUUUCAACUCGGAGAUGUGCAUCAAGGAAGCCCUGGCGCAGGUGGACACCAACGUUUUCCCUACCCUAUCGGGCAUGUUCGAAAUGUCCAACACGAAUUCCUCCUUUCACGACUCUGUUCGCCAAGACUUUUGUUUUUCCUGCCAGCUCCACGGCCUGCUCUCCCAGACCGCCAUCGAGAACCUGCUCGGCGAUAUUACGUAUCAGUCUCUACCGGACGAGGGUCGUUACGUAAAGGAUAAUCUGGUUCAGGCGUGCCUCCUCGACGUGGACAGGACGCAGAGACUGAUCGGAGAGCUGGACAACAUGAACGGGAAUGUGGGUGCUGCCGCCCAGGCCAUCAUUGAGCUUUGCAGUCAACUUGCAGCCAAACCUUUGGCUUUGGAUGUCUUGUUGCUCUUUGACAAGCCACAAAAGAUCUUGCAUCCAUUAUGUGAUCUGCUCGAUAACUGGGGCGGGUACGACGAGGACCAGGGCGAGUACCACCCGGUGUACGAAGAAUUCGGGUCCAUCCUCAUUCUUUUGCUGGCAUUUGUCUACCGGUACGAUCUUUCGCCCGCCGAUCUGGGCAUCCGCUCGCCGGACUCCUUCGUAGGGAGGCUAUUGGGCGGCGGCAACCGUUGCCGGCCAUUGGAGGGCUUAAAUGAGCAGGAGAAGGCACACCUGAACGGCUGGGUCCAUGGACUUUUCGAUACCGACGCCGGCGGUCUCGGGGAUGACCUCAUGGCUUUGUGUACACCACAGGACUUUUACCUCCUUAUGCCUACGUUGUUCCACCAAAUCGUCGUUGGUUUGAGCGCGGGGUACCUCACGGACGACGUGCUUAAGGGCGGUCUCGAGUAUGCAAUCGGCCAUCAUCAAGAUACUCCAGAUCAUCAUACGGCCGAGCUCCAUGUCCAACGAGGCAGCUACCAUGCUCUCGUCGGUGCUCAACAUCGUGGCCAAGCCGCUAGAAUACGCACUGCGGUCCUACCAGCGGCAAGAUCCCAAGUGUCAGGAGGUCGAGCCUCUCCUCCGAGCCAUCAAGGAGAACCUCGCGCUAUCCCGCCGAACGGGCGGUGCGGGCCACACCGAGCUCGAGUCCUGCCCAGAACCUUCAUACAAUGGGCCCAACACCCGCCCCUAAACGGCAUGCCAGCCACCUACACCCACCGCCAGACCCUCGCAACCGUCAAAAUCCUCGGCGCCAAACACCUCCUCGCCAUCCUCCUCGACGAGCUCAAAGCCUCCACCGACCUCUCCCAAGCUAGCAUCGCCUACGACGUCGCCACCGCCCUCAUCUGCGCCCCCGACGUCACCAACGACCCCUCCCUGGCCCCUCCCCCCUCCCAAGCGGCCAUCUCCACCACCACCCCGCAAAUCACCGGCCCCGACGACCCCGCCGCCCCGCCACCACCACAACGCGACAUCUCCCUCCGCGACGCCCUCAAGGCCGAAGCCGACGACUGGAAGAAGAUCCGCAAAACCGACCCCGCACUUGCCGAGGUCAUUGUCCGCCUUUACCGCCGCGUCGAGGCCCAGAUGACCCCGCCCCCGCCAUCCGACGCCGAGGCCGCUGCUGCGGCAGCCGCCGCCGCGGCGAUGCUGCAGCCGGAGCUGGGCGAUGUGGGCGUGUUGGGGGAUGCGAUUGCUGCGGCGGCGGCCGUGGCCGGGGAUCAUCACCAUCAUCAUCAUGGGCUGCAUGGGCAUCACGAGGGGAUGAUGAUGGAUGCGGGGGGGUUGGAGGCCGAGUUGGGUGGGCUUGGGGGAGGAGGGGGAGGGGAUGGAGUUGCGGGGGGGUCGGGGUUGGAUGCGGAUGGGCUGUUUGGCGGGUUGAGUACGGGGAAUGAGCUUUUAGCGUCACCACACCACGUGUUGGUGAUGUCGCCCAGAAACGUGGUGGGGGUGGGAUCUUGUGUCCCACAGCAGCGACGAAUACAGGUCCACUUCCCUCUCGGCUAUCUUUUCCUCUCUCGCAUCCAACACGGCUCGCCCGGCUCGAAUCUUAAACCCGAUCACUUACCUAAUCUCGCGCUACUCUCCAUUUUCAGCCUCCCGCCGGUGCAACGUCGAGAUUCAGCCAACUGUCACUGCCACGCUGCUGCUCGUGACCCCGCGCCACCGACUUUCCUAGCCUCGGUCCCCAGCAAGCCACCAUCCGCCAAUAACACCGGUUUGUCCCAUGAGAAGACUGGGCCCAAUGUUCAGCUGGGUGCCGAGUCUGGAACCACAGAGCCUCAUGCCGCCAGCGCUCAAAACCGUGACGCGGCCGUUGCUCUCCGCCCGGUCCCUGGCUCCCCCGUGAAUUAUUAUGGUCGAAGUAUUCUGGUGGACCUUGGCCGUGAUCUCCCCCAGUCCUCUUUCGUGUUGUUGAGUUGGUCUGCUACUGCCAACACCCUCGUGAGGGCCGUUCUGCAGGCCCGUGAUUCGACGGACAAUACCUGCGGUUAUGUGAGCGGCAUUCCCACAUCGUCCCUGUGGUGCGCCGAGACGGCUCAGUGCGUCUACAACUCGUUGAACUCGCAUAUCGGCUGCUGCGAUGACACGACGACCAACUGCCCCGUCUGGACAACAUGCUACGACUCGACGGACCGUGAGAGCUUCACCACCGACAACGGCCUCACUCUGUGGUGCGGAAGCUCCUCCUUCCCGCACUGCUACACACAUAUCUACCAAGACUCGAACAUCAUCAAGGGCUACAGCCUUCUCGGCUGCGCGGUAGCCGCCGGCACAGGCCAGGUGUGGUACUCGUCGACGCCGACGAGAUCGAGCACAACCUCAAUCAGCGACCUGACCAGCACUACCUCAGACGAACCCACCUCCACCACGACCAUCAGCAGCAGCGCCACCACCACCGCCCUCCCACUCCUCGCCGAGUCCUCCACCAACAUCGGCGCCAUCGUAGGCGGCGUAGUCGGCGGCGUCGCCGCCCUCGGCCUCAUCGGUCUCGGCGUCUGGCUGCUGAUGCGCAUGAACAACAAGCAAAAGAAGAAAGAUGCCGCCACCGCCGCCGCCGCCGCUGCAGCCGGCACGCAACACCACCAGCAACAACCCCCACCGCACCCCAACAACGGCGGCGACCCGCACAUGUCCCAGCUCCCUCCACACCAGCAACACCACCAACAACAACCCCCCUACUACGGCGCCGCCGCGGCCAACACCACCAACCCAGGCUACGGCAAGCUCCACCACUCGGUCGCGUACAGCACCACCACGGCCGGCGGCUACGACCAGUCCACCAUCGUCGGCUCCUCGCCGCCCGGCUCCCCGCCGCUGUCGGGGCCGUACCAGAAUAUCCAGGGCACGCCGUCGCCGCCGCCGCAGCAGCAGCAGCAUCAGCCGCAACAGCAGUUUGGGCAGUUCGCUGGGUUUGGCGAGCAGCAGGGGCAGCAGGGGUAUGGGCAGCAGGGGCAGCAAGGGUAUGAGCAGCAGCAGUAUGGCGGUGGGUCGCCGGGGGCGGUGUCGCCCGGCACGCAGGUCGGGUAUGGGCAGCCGCAGGGGCAGGGGCAGCAGGGUGGGCAUGGGUAUGUGGCGGAGUUGCCGGCGCAGAGGGGGGAUGGGGAGUUGAGGGAGUUGGGCGACUCAGAGCCUGCUUCUCCUCCACUUGGCGUAUGGAUGCUCCUCACUCAGGCUGUCCGGCACAAGAUGGUCGAUGGCCCUCGUAUUCAGCAAUCCUGGGUGCAGCUGGUGCAGGCUGGUCACACCGCACAUCUUCAUAGUCGUCACCAGUUCGUCGUCGAGUACUAUCUCCACCACCGCCGGCGCGGUAUCCAGACUCCGGCCCCCAUGAUUCGACAGCAGUAUCCCAUCCGCCCCGGCCUCCACCGCGCGCACCGCGUCGGCUGCCGUCUGGAUGCCCUUGAUUACGAGCGGCGUGUGGGGGGGCAGGUGGCGCCGCAGCCAGGGGAUGGUGGUGGCCCAGGUGAGGGCGGGCGAGAUGUAGGAGGCCAUGAGUCGGCCGAGGGCAGAGCCGUGCGCGUCGGUGGUGGGGGUGACUUGCGUGGCCAUGGGGGUGGUGGUUUCGGGGGCGGAGGGCACGCGCUCGUCGGCUUCGCGCUUGCCGGGAACGGGGGCGUCGACGGUGAGGAAGACGCCUUUGAUCUUGGGCCCGUUGUUGGUGUCGCUGGGCGAGGUGAGGGAGUGCAGCAGGGCUUCGGUGUUGGGGGCGUGCUUGUCGACGUAGAGCUGGAGGAAGACGGGGAUGCUGUCCGCGUCUGGCCCGGACGGGGACGGGUGGUCGAGCGCGGCCUGCACCACGUCCGCUACGGAGAAGCUCGCGCUCGUGCUGAUGAUCUGGGCGACGCCGCCGAGUUCUCGGCAGGCCCGCGCUAUCUCGCGCUCGCCCUCCGGGUGGACGGUCUUGCCGAGGGAGGUGGGCGAGACAAAGAUCGGGGAGGAUACGCGUUGGCCGAGAAUUGCGGUUGUCAACGAUACCGGCGCGGAGACGUCAAUGAGCACACGCGGGCGGAGGGUGAUCUCGGAAUAGGUGGUACUGUUGCGGCGAUCAAUAUUACCCGAUGGCACCAGAUCACGCUGAAACCGCUCUGGGAGUCAGUUACGGUCACCUCCAAGAAAGAAGUGCAGCUGUACCGCAACAACGCUGCACGCCUACCGAGAGGACGACUCCAGUUUACCGAGGAACUCUGUCUUGACGCUGAGUUUUAUUGCUAUGCCAUCAAAGGCCGAUGUCCCCAUGGAAUACAUCACUGGAAUUGGAUUGACCAGGACGCCCCUGGGGAUCGAACGCGACCCUUCGACCGCCUUGCCCUGGCGGCCGAGUCGGUCCUCGAACAGUUCCGGGACAGCCCGUUGAAAAGCUUUAGGAAUGAGGGGGUGGAGUUGGAAGUUUGGUGUGCCAAAUUCUUUGGCCUGACAACCCAACAACCAUCACGGCUUAUCUUCCCGGUCAUUCGCGAGCUGUCCCUUACCGACGUGCCCCUCGUGGCGGCCAUGGCACACGCCGUCAACUUUGGCACUCUCAGAUCCCUCACACUGCUGAGAUGUCGGGGCUGGUAUGUUUUUCUGGUCUGGGCCAUUGAGCUCAAACUUCCGAUACGGCUCAAGACAUUCGGGAUUCACAUUAUCGAUGAUGCACCCUAUGGUUCGAACCGCAUCAUCAUUGAAGCUUUUCUGAGCAGUUUCAAAGGACUCGAAGAUCUAUUUAUUGACGAACCGGAGAGACAGGGACUCCUCUUAUUCUGGGACGAUGUCGCCUGUCACCAGCCAGCUCUCAAGAAGUUUGUACACCAGCAGCGGACGUGGCCGUCCGACAGGUCUGCAUUCAGCUCAGCACGGGUUGUGCCUAGGCCUCCCCUCCUUAAUCUCGAGAUGCUUCAGUUACAACGUGGACCUUUUGCAACCCAACUCCGCGAUCUCGAUCUCGAGUUCGUGGGCCUGCCGUGCCGCCCGAUGCUGCUGGUGCCUGUCCUCUCCCUUUACACGCGCAAGACUUCGCUCAAGGUUCUCCACAUCCCAGCCAGCUCCGGAUGCCGUGACGAGAUAGCCGCAGCCAGCCUGUUCCGGUCAGGGCUACGGUCCGAAUUCCGCGACUUUGCCGAGUGGGUGUUCGGCCCGCACAGGAUUGACUCGCUCCGGUUCCUAGUGUUCGGGGACUAUAGCUUUGGCGGCCGCAAGUGCGAUAACAGACUCAUUCUCUGCCGAGGCCCCAUGCCGGUAAAGAAGAGCAACUUCCGGAUCCUCGCCCGAAGCGGCACGGACGUACAUCAUCUCGACAAGUACCGCGACGCGCUGCGGGCGUGCCCCACACAUGCAUUUUUUGAUGGUGUCUUUGGGUUAUAA